AUGAGUGUUGAAGAAAAGUUAUCCAAGAAGCACCAGCUUGAAGACGAAGAAGUCGACAAGAAGGAAAAGAAGAAAUUGAAGAAGGAAAAGAAAGAAAAGAAGGAUAAAAAAGAUAAGAAGGAAAAGAAAGACAAGAAAGACAAGAAGGAAAAGAAGGAAAAGAAAGAAAAGGAAGAUAAAGAAUCGAUACCAGAGACCAAACAUGAAGAAUCUACUGAUACUACUGACGAACCUGCUAUUGAGCAAGCUACUCAGGCUCAAGCUGACGAGUUUUUCAAGACAAACUCUAUUUCUAUCGAAGAUCCUGACAAAUCAUCUCUUAAGCCAUUCCUCGAAUUCUCACACGUCCAUCUUGAUCCCAAACUGAUUAAGGUUCUUUCCAAGUUCCCCCGCCCUACUCCCAUUCAGUCUGCAUCCUGGCCUUAUCUGUUUUCGGGUCGUGAUGUUGUCGGUGUUGCAGAGACCGGAUCUGGCAAGACAUUUGCCUUUGCCGUGCCUGCUCUCAGUCAUUUGUUAAAAAACAACCCCAAGAAGAAGGGUGUUCGCGUUUUGGUUGUGUCACCCACACGCGAGCUUGCCAUGCAGAUUUACGACAGUGUUACCGAACUCACCAGUGCUGUCGGUCUUAAAGCCACUUGCGUUUAUGGCGGUGUCCCCAAGGACCCGCAACGUAAGGCCGUUGCCCACUCCAACAUUGUGGUUGCUACCCCAGGCCGUUUGAAAGAUCUUCUCGAGGAGGGUUCUGCCGAUAUUACCAACGUUGAUUUCCUUAUUCUGGAUGAAGCUGAUCGCAUGCUUGAAAAGGGAUUCGAGGAAGACAUUAAAACCAUCAUCAACGCUACACAAUCAACUCCUGAAAAGAGACAAACUCUCAUGUUCACAGCUACAUGGCCCCCACAAGUCCGCGAGCUGGCUGCCGGAUACAUGAAGAAAAAUACUGUCAAAGUCAACAUUGGCGAAGCCGAUGAACUUGCCGCCAACAAGCGUAUCACUCAAAUUGUCGAGGUCAUUGACCCACAACGCAAAGAGCAGCGUCUUCUGCAGCUUCUCCGCGAAUAUCAAUCUGGCCCUAAGAAGAACGACAAAAUUCUUGUUUUUGCUCUUUACAAGAAGGAAGCUUCGCGUGUUGAACGUUUCCUGCAAAACAAAGGUUACAAUGUCGCUGCCAUCCACGGUGAUCUCUCCCAGCAACAGCGAACACACGCUCUUGAAGAGUUCAAGUCCGGCCGCUCUAAGAUUAUGCUGGCAACUGAUGUAGCUGCACGUGGCUUGGACAUCCCUGCUGUCAAGGUUGUCAUCAACUUGACUUUCCCACUUACUGCUGAAGAUUAUGUCCAUCGCAUUGGCCGUACUGGUCGUGCAGGUCAAACUGGCACUGCUGUCACUCUUUUUACCGAACACGAGAAGCAUCUUUCUGGUGCCCUGAUCAACGUUCUGAGAGGUGCUAACCAGCCUGUCCCCGAUGAGCUUCUUAAGUUUGGUAGUCACACUAAGAAGAAGGAACACUCGGUAUAUGGCGCCUUUUACAAGGACAUUGACCCGACCCAAAAGGCUAAAAAGAUCAAGUUUGAUUAG